AUGCUUAAAUCAAAAAUGAUAGAAAAUGAGAUAUAAUUGCAAUGCGCUUUGAAACAUAACCAAAAAAUUGUUUAAGUCCUUCUAAACCCUUAAUUAUAGAGAGAUCAGAGGCUUUUAUGUGGCUAAUGCUUAUAAACUAUAAAUAUAAAUGGAAAAGCAAUUGUGUACAAAGAUAUACUCGAAAUAAUUUAAGAAUAAUAGUAAAUAAAAUUAGAAUAAGUUUAUAACCUAAUCAAAUCAUAGAUUCUUACUCAAUUAAAUCUGUUGAAAUCAAAUGUAAUUCAAUAAUUCGAAUUUAUUCAAUGUGCUGUUCAAGAUUGGAUCAAUAAUCUAUAAUUGCUGUGUCAAUAAUAUUAAUAAUACAGUUUUCAUGAUGAAUUAGAAAACUUUAUAAAUAAUAAAGGCAUUUAUUUUGAUUAGAAUGAAUUGUUAUAAAGAAUCAGUAAAGAACAAAAUAUUUGGUACUCAAAAGUUACUUCAAAGUUAGAUUUAUUCAAUUAAUUCUAAGAAUAGGAAAAAUGCAAGGAGAUGUUAGAAAAUAAUAAACUUAUGAUCCAGAAAUUGAAUGUAAAUUUUAAUUAAUAAAUUGAGAUAUCAGAAGAUGAUAUUAAAUUAAAAUAAACUGAAUUAUCAGUUAAAUAAUAGGGCUCUUGUUUAAGCAUAGCUUUUAAUUCUUCUGACUCAAUCAUGGUAUCUACAAAUAAAAGCUUAAUUAAUGUUUGGAAUUUUAAUAAUGGAAAAUUAGAAUUAUCAUAACAAUUGAAAUAUCAUGAAGGUUGGAUUAAUUCAUUGGUUUUUAGUAAAAGAUAAAACUUAUUUCUUUCCUGUUCAAGCGAUCAAACAAUAAGAGUUUGGAAAAGUUACGGAUAAAAUGAGUGGAUUAGCUCUAUUCCAUACCAAUAACAUACAGAUAAAGUACUUUGCAUGAUUUUAAAUUAAAAUGAAGAUGAACUAUUCUCUGGAAGUCUGGAUUAUAGAAUAAACAGUUGGAAAUUAGAUUUAGAUAAGAAUGAAUUAUAAUAUUAAUAUUCUUUGGACAAACACAAUAAUGGUGUUUAUUCAUUAAGUUUAAAUCAAAAGAGCAAUAUUUAGCAUCAUGCUCUAUAGGCGAGGAUAAAAUAAUUAUUUGGGAAAGAGGAUAAAAUAAUUAAAUGGAAUUCAAAUACAUUGUUAAACAAUCUAUUUAAAGCCCUGGAUCAAAGGUUUUGUUUAUCAAAGAGAAUUAGUUUAUUUGGAUACCUAAUAGUAAUUAAAUUGAUGAAAUAUGGUGUAUUUCAAGAGAAUACAGAAAAGAAACUUAAAUUAAAUUCAGAUAAUGUGAAUAUGGAAAUGUUCUAAUUUCCAUUAGUUUAUAAUAAAAACAGGAAUUUAAUGGUGUUAAGACACAAAAUAUUUAUAUACAUCAUAAGGGAAUUGAAAAAUGGAAACUUUAAAAUUGUUGAAUAAUUAAAUAGAUAAACCAAUAAAAUUUUUGGAACUGUCACAAAUGAUGGGAAUCAUUUAGUAUUUUGGGAUGAAAUAAAAAAAGAGUAUUAAAUAUUUUAAUUAUAAGAAUAAUGA